AUGCAACUGUUUCAGUUUCUCAUUGGUGAAAAGGAGAGUUUGGGAAAAAAUGAAUCUUUUCCUGUGUGUCCUGCAACUCCUUCUAACAAGGCUGGAAUCUGUAGUCCACAGAUACAGCGAGUCGUCAGGAGAGUUUUCUGUUCUUAUUUGGGCCUUCUGGUGAACUGUAAGAAUGACCUGGCCCUUGUGUACACCCUGGACAACCCUAAACGCUCUCUGGGGCACAUCGCCUUUACUGACCUGAGACAUGCUGCAUGCAACAACGGCUCAUCUCUUUUCUUGACAGUGACAUCGUUUAUCAGGGCCAUACAGCUGGGAGGAAAGGGGUACGCCCCACCUGAAUCUCACCCCUUAAGGAAGCACAUAAAGGGUUUAUCGGAAUAUCUCAAUUUUGUCGAUCAGUGUCAAGACAUUUUAGGAGAAACCCCCAAUCCAAGAGAAGCUGGAUCCAAGUUGGUGUCUAGGAUUAGAGCUGCUUUGGUCAAAGGCCGCAGUGCUGGAGACCCAGUAUACCUUGCAGCAGAGGACACUGACAAAAGUCUCAAGGAAAGGAUCGGUCAAAUACACACCACGCAGAUGCAGUCAGUGGUUGACACAGGAAUUAGUCCAGCCAGGCCCAAAGCAUAUGCCAUAAACCACUCUACUGCCUAUGGGGGCCGAGAGACUGUGAAGGUUCUGAUGGUCCUCUUGGAUGAAGAGGCACUAGCCCCGCCCUGCAGGAACAAGGUGGAACUGCUUUCUGAAGAUCAUGCGAUUCUUAAUGGCAGCGCUGGAGUUUGUCUUCUUACCCUGUACAAAUCUCCAGAAGCUCCUACGGGAUCUUCUCCAAAACCUUUACGGAACCGCGUCUUGAGCCAACAAGAACAUAUCAAGUCCAAGGUUGUGCGGCCAACCAUCCGCUCUCAGUUUGCGUGUACGUACAAGGGCGAUGAGCUGCCCCUCAGCCGGGUGUUGGAAUUUCCAAGUGGUAGCCAACUUCCCACCUGUGCGCACCCUGCGCCCAAACGAACGUCUGUGGAGGAAGAGUGUGACUCCCCUGGGAUGGACAAAAGACUCAAAGAGGCCACUAACUUGAAGUGUAAAGGUCCCAGCGAAUCCGCUAUGGGGGAACAUAGUGGAAAUGCCUGGAAGCAAGCAGGUGGGAAGGGUACCCAGCCAGAACCGUUCCGAAGAGCAACCGGGACCUUGAAGAGAAAGCUUGCCAAUAGAGAGUGCGCUGAGCAUGGAAAAGAAGAGAACCAGCCCCCUCAGAAAAGACCCCCUGCCAAGGCUCCCGCUGGAGGCCUGGGGAAAAGGAGCAGUAAAUCUGCCGGCAAGAAGCUCAUUGCUGGUCAGAGCAAACUGACUGGAUUUUUGAGACUAUAAUUUACGCCGUGAGCUCUAAUUGAUGAUGAUGAUGAUGAUGCUGUUUUGGCAACAAGCACAUAUUUAAUUCAUUGGUAGUCUAAAUGCAUUUAACGGGGAUGGUUCACCUGAAACUGGUCAUUUGCACCCUCAUUUAUUUUUGCCAUGAAAUAUCCCUUUAAAUGCUUUCACUAUCCCUUUAAUAAAAACAAUCACAUCAACUUCAGGGAGACAGGGAACUCCUCUGCAGAUACUGACGUGUAUAUAUUUGUUUGUGGGCAUGUUUGAGAUGUAUUUUAGUUGAUGAUUGUGUGAAGGCCUGGAGUACAUUUCAUAAUGUAUGCUUUCUGGUUUCCUUAAACAUGACCCAUCAUUUGCAGAUUUUAAUAAAUUUUUUAUUUCCGUUCUUUGAAA